AGUAGUCAGAAUGACCUGGGCUUGAAUCCUGGCUCCCAUGCCUAUUGGCUGUGUGACCUACGGCAUAGGGGAUGAUAAUAUCAUCUGCCUCAUAAGGGUACUGUGCGGAUUCAGUGAAAAAAAUGUAAGCAUUUAGCUCUGAUACACAGUACGUCCUUAGUUAGUGGUGAAUACAAUAAUUAUUGCUGGACAGAGAAAGAAAAAUCAAGAAAUACAAAGAGUUAGAGACCAAGCCUCAUUAGCCCAUGGGAUAUGGCUGAGUCUUGAAAGGGAAAGAGUAAUAAUGGUGAUGAUAAUAAUAGGAAGAUGCACCAUUUAUGGGGCAUCUACCAGGAGGAAGACCCCGUGGGAGGUGCCUUGAAGAUUUCUUAUCUCAUGGAAUUCUCACAGCAGCCCCACUGAGAAAACUAGCUCAGAGAAGACUACACAGAAACAAGCUCCAGACUUGAGAACUCGGCUCAGGUCCGCCCUCCUCCAAGGCCUGCACACAGAGUGCAGAGCCCCAGGCAGCUCACCACAGGCCACCCGCCGGCCACCCUCCCCAAGGCUUCCUUCACCAGACUCCUCACUUGUCCUGCCCUGAGAUGUCCAGCCCCAGCUGUCCUGUGGCCACAGUCCCUGUGGUCUACCUUGGGGGGAGGAGGAGAAAGCAGGAAGAGUGAACAGGAGGGAAGACCGGGGGAGCACGUCUGGAACUUCAGGGAGGCAGUGGAUGGCAGACAGAGGCCUCCUGCCCUGCGGAGGCCUGGGCCUUGGCCUGAGGCUACCAGCGUUCUGGGUGGUGUGUUGGGAGGCUGCUGGAGGAGGACAAGCUCCUGUGAGAGGCAGGGAGACAAGGCAACCGGGGAGCGCGACACAGAGAGGCACCAACAAAGGCAGAACACAGGUGUCUGAACUUGUAAACAGCAGCGACUCAGGAAAACCGUUGCCCACAGAGGCAGCUGCUCAGCUUAGGGAGGAGACACAGGAAGGUCGCAGGAGGGGUACCAGAGGGAAGGGGGAGAAGAGUCAGGCCGGCCCUGCCCCUGCUGGAUGUUGGGCCCAGGCUUCACCCUGCGGUGGCUGAGGAGAUGCGGAAGGAGGUGUCAGGCGGGGCACUCGGCAUCUAGGUCUGGGGAUGGCAGAAACCAGGGGGCUGCUGCAGCCACCAACUCCCCUUCUUUGGGUGUGCCCGGAGCUUGAAGGAUGAGUCGCUGGGUGGGGGCUAGGCCUGACCUUGGCUGAAAAGGUGGGCUGGACCCUUGUGGGAUAGAGCAGACAGGUAGGGAGUACAUCCAUGAGCAUCAGGUGUGAGGUCCAACGUGAGGCCUAGCAAGGGGUACCCCUAAGUCCGAGGAAAAAGCCCCCUUCUCCAGACCUGGGCCUAAGCCCCGAAGAGGCUGAGCCAGUAGAGGGGUCAGCCCUCAUCCCUGAUCCCUCUACUGGCUCCUUCUCCUCCCAGGAGCCGCCAGGAGGAGUAGGGACAAGUUCUGUCUCAGCUGGAGCCUGGCUAUCCGCGCCCAGGCACCGCGGGGCUGCAAGGCACCAAUUGGCCACUGGGUGGCAGCCUUACCCCACACCAAGCUCAGAGGCCUGCAGCGGCGCCUGCCAGACUUCCCAAAGCCCCAACGCAACCGACCUGGGGCUCCUGCAGGCCCAGCUGGUAGCUCCAGCCCAGUGUGGCUGUUGGACUCUCCCCACUCCAACACAAUACAUUGUGCUGUACCCUGUAGUUUUUGCAAACCCAGGCUCUCCUCUCUCAUUCUCAGGUCAGACUCCAGAGAUUCCUUAAAGUCAGGCAAGGCCAGCAUCUUUAAGUUGAGAAAGAGAAACCACGGCCCAGACAGGAGCAAAGACUUGCUCUUGACCUCGGAAUUAGCUGUGGCCAGGCUCUCCCCGCUCCCUCUAAAGUUCUCUUCCCACCAGUUCACAUAGCCUCCCAUCUCCAUGGGGAGUCCCAGGGCCAAGAGCCUUUAAUCGCAAAGAGACACCAAGCAGAGAGGGGUCUGGGCGUUUGGAAGGUCUGCACUUCAGUCAGCAGUGGCCUAGGUCUGCUCUCAGGCCCCACCCCCAUGGGCUCCAAGGGGAGGACCUGGAAUUCUAGCUGCUUCAUAGCGUUUGUGUUCCGGGCGGAACCUGCCCCGGCCCCGUUCCGCUCUUGUGCUGAGUCCUGUCCCUGCACCCACACCCCGACUCCCAGGCCCAGACCAUGCCCUAGGAUGGACUCGCUGCAGAAACAGGACCUCCGGAGGCCCAAGAUCCACAGGGCAGUCCGGGUGCCCCCCUAUCAGCCACCCACGCUGGCCUCACUGCAGCGCUUGCUGUGGGUCCGUCGGGCUGCCGUGCUGAGCCACAUUAACGAAGUCUGGCCCAACCUCUUCCUGGGAGAUGCGUACGCAGCCCGGGACAAGAACAAGCUGACCCAGCUGGGCAUCACCCACAUCGUGAAUGUUGCCGCAGGAAAGUUUCAGGUGGACACAGGUGCCAACUUCUACCGUGGAAUGCCCUUGGAGUACUAUGGCAUUGAGGCUGAUGACAACCCCUUCUUCGACCUCAGUGUCUACUUUCUGCCCGUUGCUCGAUACAUCCAAAGUGCCCUCAUCAUUCCCCAAGGCCGCGUGCUGGUACACUGUGCCAUGGGGGUGAGCCGCUCUGCCACGGUUGUCCUGGCCUUCCUCAUGAUCUGCGAGAACAUGACGCUGGUGGAGGCCAUCCAGACAGUGCAGGCGCACCGGGAUAUCUGCCCCAACUCAGGCUUCCUCCGGCAGCUCCAGGUUCUGGACAACCGACUGGGGCAGGAGACGGGGCGGCUGUGACCUGGUGGGCAACCAGGAACCCUGACCCUCCAGCCAGCAUGGCCCACCCAACCAGCCUGACCCUGGGGACCUUGCUUCCAGUCACCUUGAGAUGUAAAUAGCAAGUGGGGGCUUAGCUGAGGCAGAGGCAGGGAGAGCUGGGUGGUGACCUUUAGCAGGUGGAUCUCCCUGACCCAAUCCAAAGAUUCUUUAUGCAGAAAAGAGUUCAGUCUGUCUCUAUAAUAAAAGGUUCAUCAUAAUAAAGA